CAGCGCCACAGGGGAAAGGUGUGAUGACUAUAUAAACCACACUGACAAGUUAUAACUCAGUCUUCAGAGUGUUCCCUCAACAACCAUGAAGGUCCUGGUGUGUGCGGUGCUGACCUUGGUGGUCAUAACCAACGCUGAGUCAAGGUUUGACCUCGCUGACCAACAGCCGCUGACGCCCUAUGAUUUCGGGUACGGUGUGAACGUGGCAGAGACGGGUGACGCUAAGGAACACAAGGAGUCCGUCUCCCUGUCAGGACGGACUGAAGGAGCAUACCGCGUCCUCCAACCCAACGGACUCUUCAGGGUGGUUCGUUACUCAGUGGACGGCGACUCAGGCUUCAAGGCCACCGUCACCGAGGAGGCCGGAGACCAAGUGACCAACUACCAUUCCAAGACCUCUGACACGACAGUCAGCGUUCAGUCCUCCACCACCAGCAGCAGCAGGGGCCAACCAGUCUUUGACAAUCAGCACAACCUAAGAAACCAAGGUUUCAGCAGCACACCAAAAUUCAGGAGCACGCAAAGAAGUCAGCCAAGCCAAACUCAAAAUCUUAAGAGUGUAGGUUUCAGUACCAUUCUAGACAGCCAAGUCUUCAGCGACGCGCAGCCUCAUAGCAGACAAAACUUCCACAAAUUACAGAAAUUUCCAGGUCAGACUUUUAAGAGCGCACAAAGGUUGCAAAAUCAAGGGUUGAGCAACGCACAGACCCUCCAGAGUCAAAGUCUUAACGAGGCACAGAGCAUUCCAGGACAGGGUUUCGGAAGCAUACAGAGGUCUCAGAGUCAGUUCUUUAAUGACGCACAGGCCCGCGAAGGUCAAAGCUUCAGUGGUUUACAUACUGCUCAACACCAAACUUUCAGCACCCCGCAAAAGUCCCAAAACCAAGUCUUCAGCGCCACACAGAUCUCUCCCGAGCAGAGUUUCAGGGCCAAGAAAAUCUCUCCCAACCAGGCCUUCACCCGAAAACAGGACUUGGAAAGUCCACGAGAGCCUCAAUUCAGAGAUUUUGUUGAAGGGAGUAUAACUGACAAUGGAAUUAUCAAUGGAGGUUUCGGAGGAAGCAGCAUUCUCAGAAGUGAGCAUGCUCUUACCAGGUCGUUCAGCUCAGAACCCAGCAGUGCAGCCUCAGGAUCUAUCAGAUCUGGUUCAGGGUCUAUCAGAUCUGGUUCAGGAUCAGCUGGAUUCGGUUCAAGAUCUACAAGCACUGGCUCAAGACCUACCGCUUUUGGUGCAGGAUCUACCAGUCCUGACUCAAGAUCUACCAGCUUCGAUGCAAGAUUUACCAGCACUGGCUCAAGAUCUACCAGUUUCGGUGCAGGAUCUACCAGCACUGGCUCAAGACCUACUACUAUUGGUGCAGGAUCUGCCAGUCCUGACUCAAGAUCUACCAGCUUCGGUGCAGGAUCUACCAGUCCUGACUCAAGAUCUACCAGCAGUGGCUCAAGAUCUACCAGUUUCGGUGCAGGAUCUACCAGCUUCGGUACAGGAUCUGCCAGUCCUGACUCAAGAUCUAUCAGCUUCGGUGCAGGAUCUACCACACUUGACUCAAGAUCUACCAGCUUCGGUGCAGGCUCUACCAGCACUGACUCAAGAUCUACCAGUUUUAGUGCAGGAUCUACCAGCACUGGCUCAAGGCCUACCACUUUUGGUGCAGGAUCUACCAGCUUCGGUGCAGGAUUUACCAGUCCUGACUCAAGAUCUACCAGUUUCGGGGCAGAAUCUACAAGCUUCAGUGCAGGAUCUGCCAGCUUCGGUGCAGGAUCUACCAGUCAAGACUCAAGAUCUACCAGCUUCGGUGCAGGAUCUACCAGUCAAGACUCAAGAUCUACCAGCUUCGAUGCAGGAUCUACCAGUCCUGGCUCAAGAUCUACCAGCUUCGGUGCAGGAUCUACCAGUCAAGACUCAAGAUCUACCAGCUUCGGUGCAGGAUCCACCAGUCCUGACACAAGAUCUACCAGUUUCGGUGCAGGAUCUACCAGCACUGGCUCAAGAUCUACCAUCUUCAGUGCAGGAUCUACCAGCUUCGAUGCAGGAUCUACCAGCACUGGCUCACGAUCUACCCGCUUCGGUGCAGGAUCUACCAGUCCUGACUCAAGAUCUACCAGCACUGGCUCAAGAUCUACCAGCUUCGGUGCAGGAUCUACCAGUCCUGACUCAAGAUCUACCAGCUUCGGUGCAGGAUCUACCAGUCCUGACUCAAGAUCUACCAGCUUCGGUGCAGGAUCUACCAGUCCUGACUCAAGAUCUACCAGCUUCGGUGCAGGGUCUACCAGUCCUGACUCAAGAUCUGCCAGCUUCGGUGCAGGAUCUACCAGCACUGGCUCACGAUCUACCAGCUUCGGUGCAGGAUCUACCAGCACUGGCUCACGAUCUACCAGUUUCGGUGCAGGAUCUACCAGUCCUGACUCAAGAUCUACCAGCACUGGCUCAAGAUCUACCAGCUUCGGUGCAGGAUCUACCAGUCCCGACUCAAGAUCUACCAGCUUCAGUGCAGGAUCUGCCAGUCCUGGCUCAAGAUCUACCAGCUUCGGUGCAGGAUCUAUCAGUCCUGACUCAAGAUCUACCAGCUUCGGUGCAGGAUCUACCAGUUCUGACUCAAGAUCUACCAGCUUCGGUGCAGGAUCUACCAGUCCUGACUCAAGAUCUACCAGCUUCGGUGCAGGAUCUACCAGCACUGGCUCACGAUCUACCAGCUUCGGUGCAGGAUCUACCAGCACUGGCUCACGAUCUACCAGCUUCGGUGCAGGAUCUACCAGUCCUGACUCAAGAUCUACCAGCACUGGCUCAAGAUCUACCAGCUUCGGUGCAGGAUCUACCAGUCCCGACUCAAGAUCUACCAGCUUCAGUGCAGGAUCUGCCAGUCCUGGCUCAAGAUCUACCAGCUUCGGUGCAGGAUCUACCAGUCCUGACUCAAGAUCUACCAGCUUCGGUGCAGGAUCUACCAGUUCUGACUCAAGUUCUACCAGCUUCGGUGCAGGGUCUACCAGUCCUGACUCAAGAUCUGCCAGCUUCGGUGCAGGAUCUACCAGCACUGGCUCAAGAUCUACCAGCUUCGGUGCAGGAUCUACCAGUACUGACUCAAGACCUACCAGCUUCGGUGCGGGAUCUGCCAGUCCUGGCUCAAGAUCUACCAGUUUCGGUGCAGGAUCUUCCAACUUUGGUACACAACCUUUCAGCUUCAGCUCAAGAUCUACCAGCUUCACUUCAGGAUCUGCUAGCACCGGCUCACAACCUCCCAGCUUCACUUCUGGAUCUGCCAACAUCGCUUCUGGAUUUACUGGAUCCAUUGCAAGACCUGCCAGCUUCGGUUCACGACCUGCCAGCUCCAGUUCAGGAUCUACCAGCUUUGGUUCAGAAUCAAGUAGAUUCGGUCAAGGAAUCUUUAUUUCAAAACCUACCAGUCUCGUCUCAGUCUCUACUAGCUCCGGUUCAGGAAUUACCAGAUCCAGUGCAGGAUCUACCAGUUCCGGUUCAGGACCUACCAGCUUCAGGGCAGGAUCUCUUGGCCUCAGUUCAGGACCUACAGUCUUUGGUUCAAAAGCUAGCCAUUUCGCUUCAGCAACUUCCGAUAUCGAUUCAGGGUCGACCAGCUCUCAUUCAGGAUCCCCUGGAUUUGGUUCACAAGCAUCCGCCUUCGGUUCAGGACCUCAAGUUUCCGGUUCACGAUCUGCUAGCUUCAGUUCUGGAGCUACCAACUUCGGUCCAGGAUCCACGGGCUCCGGUUCACGAUCCGCUAGCUUCAGUUCUGGAUCUACCAGCUUUGGUUCACGACCCACCAUCAGUGGUUUAGGACUGACUGGCUCUGGUCCAGGUACUACUCCCGAUAGGUCAGUAGCUUCCAGGUCUGGAUCACAACCCACUGGCUUCAGUGCAACAGCAGGUAGCCUUCCUUCAGGACAUGGCACCGUUGGUUCCGGACAAAGCAGCUUCGUAUCAGGACAAAGCAAAUUUGGCUCAGAACAAAGCUCUGGUUCAGGAGAAAGCAGGUUUGGUGCAGGACAAGGCAGCUUCGGUGCAGGACAAGGCAGCUUCGGUACAGGACAGGGUAGCUUUGGUGCAGGACAAAGCAGCUUCGGUGCAGGACAAGGCAGCUUCAGUGCAGGACAAGGCAGCUUCGGUGCAGGACAGGGCAGCUUUGGUACAGGACAGGGUAGCUUUGGUGCAGGACAAAGCAGCUUCGGUGCAGCACAAGGCAGCUUCAGUGCAGGACAAAGCAGCUUCGGUGCAGGACAAGGCAGCUUCAGUGCAGGACAAGGCAGCUUCGGCACAGGACAAGACAGCUUCGGCGCAGGACAAGGCAGCUUCGGUGCAGGACAGAGCAGCAUCGGUACAGGACAGGGUAGCUUUGGUGCAGGGCAAAGCAGCUUCGGUGCAGGACAAGGCAUCUUCGGUGCAGAACAAAGCAGCUUUGGUGCAGGACAGGCUAACUUCGGUGCAGGACAAGGCAGCUUAGCCACAAGACAAGGCAGCUUCGGUACAGGACAGGGUAGCUUCGGUGCAGGACAAAGCAGAUUUAAUUCACAUUCAGGCAGCUUCAGUUCAAGACCAGGCAGCUUGGGCUCAGGAUUUAACGGGUUCAGUACCACCACCCUGAAGCAGGCGGCCACUAGACCUGGUAACGUAGCAGGGAUUCUCACCCCGGGUGGACCGUCUCGAUUCAGGGGCUGA